UGCCGCAGUAACAGUAAGGAGGGCCCAGAUCCACCGCAUCUCGGCACCCCGGAUUUUCUCCAUUUUCGCGGCGCCAUCCACGCCCGCCCCCCGUACUUUAAUCCUCGUCCUCCCCAACAACAUUGAGGCGUGCGUCGCGCACACACUCUCUCACACACACUCUCAUACACACACAUCGGGCCACGACAGCGACGAUAAACUGCAAGGGAAUGGAUUUAAAGCCCAGCAGGAGCUCAUAAAUUCAUUUUUUGCCCGGAAAUAUUAUGGCGGCGGAGGUUGCUGCUAGUCCUUCACAGGCUCCAACCGGCGGAGGUAAUGUUGGAGGUGUUGUCUCCGGUGUUGUUGGUGUCGCAGGUCUCUCCUCGGGGCCCAAGAGCCCAUUUCGAUUCAAUUCGCCGACUUCCUCUUCCAUCGCACACGCCUCGCCGCCGCAGAAAUACCAGACCCAGUCCAACUCGCAGUACAAAUCCACCACCUCGCCCAACGACGACGCCUCAAGUUCGUCGUCCUUCUUUUCCCACCGUCAACAACGUCUGUCGCCUUCCAGCCUGGGCUCCGCUCUAUCACCGGCACAAGACAGAUCUAUCCCCCGGGGCCUACCUCCGAUGAUGACGGGGACACCGCCGGCAGUCGGCGGAGGAGCAGGAGGAGGUGGCGGCGCGGGAGCGGGAGCCAUGGAUCUGCGGCUACCUUUGUCGCCUGGGUCCAUCGCAAUGGCCCUGAACGACAAUCAGGAUGCUCUGUCCGGGGAUCUGACGGCACCUCGAAAGCGGUCAAAAGUCUCUCGGGCAUGCGACGAAUGUCGGAGGAAGAAGGUCGGUUCCGCCUGGGAUUCCAUCGCCUGUCCACUCCUGUUGCGGCAGCUAUUGUUGUCAGCCGAAGAGCAGCAUCUGCAAUUCGAUCAGUGCGCAGUGGCUCUUGGGCUUUCGGGCUCUCUUUGCGUGUAUCGGUUGUUGUCGGGCUAACAUUUUACGAUGUCACUGCAGAUUCGCUGUGAUGCAUCCUCCGAGUCUGGGAUUGAACAGUGCUCCAGCUGCAAGCGGGUUGGCUCAAAAUGCUCCUUCAGCAGAGUACCCAUGAAACGAGGCCCCAGUAAAGG